GAACAGUAGAGAAAGUUUUUAUAGGUUAUGGUUAUGGAGGUUUAAGAUAAUAGAGAUUGUGGAAAAUGUUAUAUAUUAUUGAAUAUGAUCUGUUUCAACUAGUUUUAAGUCAUAAUAUUGUAAGUUCUUCAGGCUGAACAGUUAUAAAGUCUCUUCCUUAUUUUGUCAUGGAUAGAAAUGAUACAUAUUUUGAAGGAUGUGGAAAGGAGGGACCCAUCAAUUGUAUUUUCUUAGCAGAAUUUCAUCCUGUUGCUGGACCAAAAAUUACAUGCCAGGUUCCAGAUGACUUUAUUUCCAAAGACACAUUCGAAGCAGUCAGUGUUUACAUUAUACCCAAAGCCCAGCUUCAAAGGUGUACGCUAACAAUCAAUUCUAAACUUUCAGCUUUCAGAGUUGAUAUUACAACGCAGAAGGGAAGAGCGGCCGAGCGCCGAACUACUGGUAUGGAAGUUGAGACGGGAUUCCUCUCUCAACAAGAGGAAGCUGCCAAUCAACAAGAACCUUCAAACAGAACACGGUUGGUCAAUAUGCUCAACAUAGUUCUCCAAGACUUAAAUAAGCAGAGAAUGUGCACACUGUCGGGUAAGUUGAAGCAUCAUUCCAGCUUACCACAACAUCACUUCACGUCACUUAUCACUCUCAUAGUUUUGCCAUUCAUAGACGGUAUUAAUCACGUUGCAAAAAUUGCUGUUGAAGCAGAUGUUGAAGCCAAUCUUGUGAAAGCUUGUCUACAGAACUUAGAGUACUAUGGAGUGGUUAGAAUGAUACCCAUUUUCCAAUACUCCAAUGUCUAUGUGCCAACUUCGAAACUGCACAGACUAACUAUCAACAAGAGACUUCAGGAUGAUUGCCUGAGAACUGUUGCAAGAGCAGGUCGUCAAAUUCCAAGUAUACGUGAUGUUUUUAGGCUUUAUUCAAAUAUGGCACACGGGACCACCGUUAGAGAUUUGUGCAUCAGGUUUGAUCCUGUAGCAUUGCGUGUUGAUGAGAAAAGACUGGUUCAGUUUGGAGUUCUAGAAGGACUUAUCAGGCGAGUUCAUAAGUACCCAGUAAUGUUAUGUGAUGACGGCAGCACUAGUACGUCACUGCAACAUUUCACUGGUCUCAACUCUCUCGAUGAAAUCUGUUGCAGUACUGGAAUAAGUAAGAAGCAGAUUGAAGAUCAAGUUGAAAAAGAUCCUAAUAUCAUAUUUUUGUGGAAAUGAAAUAUCCACAUACUAGUAAAUCGGAAAACAAGUUGAAAGUCCGGUAAGGCUCGUGCAAUCCUCAAAGCUGUAAUAGUAAAAAGUAUGUAUAAUCGUACAAAGCUCGAAAAAAUAAGUGUCUGAAGACGAGUUUUUGUUGAAUCUGAGUAUUCAGAACAUUAGUCAUGAUUCAUUUAUUCCAACCUAGAAUGCGAUAAAAAUUGGGUUGUUCUAACAUGAAAGGUGUUAUCGAAUUUCAUAAGUACAAUAAUAUGAGAACCUUUUAUAUGAAAUCCUUCGAGUAUCACAUGUAUUGAUAAAUAAUGUACUUUUAACUAAAU